AUGACGUGUAGGCAGUACACCUUGUGCGAUAACUCUCUUAAUGAAAUAAUCCCAGAUUGUGAGGAAGUUAAUUUAAGAAAGAGACAUGUUGCUACAGCUUGCAAGGAUGGCACACCUCGCGAAGACGGCACACCAAGCGAGGACGGCACACCAAGCGAGGACGGCACACGAAGGGAGGACGGCACACCAAGCGAGGACGGCACACCAAGCGAGGACGGCACACCAAGCGAGGACGGCACACCAAGCGAGGACGGCACACCAAGCGAGGACGGCACACCAAGCGAGGACGGCACACCUUGCGAGGACGGCACACCUUGCGAGGACGGCACACCAAGCGAGGACGGCACACCAAGCGAGGACGGCACACCAAGCGAGGACGGCACACCAAGCGAGGACGGCACACCAAGCGAGGACGGCACACCUUGCGCGGACGGCACACCUUGCGCGGACGGCACACCUUGCGCGGACGGCACACCUUGCGCGGACGGCACACCUUGCGCGGACGGCACACCUUGCGCGGACGGCACACCUUGCGCGGACGGCACAGCUUGCGAGGACGGCACACCUUGCGAGGACGGCACACCUUGCGAGGACGGCACACCUUGCGAGGACGGCACACCUUGCGAGGACGGCACACCUUGCGAGGACGGCACACCUUGCGAGGACGGCACACCAAGCGAGGACGGCACACCUUGCGAGGACGGCACACCAAGCGAGGACGGCACACCAAGUGAGGACGGCACACCAUUCGAGGACGGCACUCCAUUUGAGGACGGCACACCAUUCGAGGACGACACACCAUUCGAGGACGGCACACCAUUCGAGGACGGCACACCAUUCGAGGACGGCACACCAUUCGAGGAUGGCACAUCAUUCGAAGAUGGCACACCAUGUGAGGAUGGCACACCAUGCAGGGACAGCACACCUCACAAGCACUGCACACUUAGUGAAGACUGCACACCUGUGAACACAGCACACAUUGCAAGGACAGCACACCUUGUGUGGGAAGCACACCUUGCGGGGACAGCACAAUUUGUGGGGACAGCGCAAUUUGCGAGGACAGCACAACUUGUGAGGACAGCACAAGUUGACAGUGCUGCACAAGUUGCGAGUACAGCACAACUUGUGAGGACAGCACAAGUUGACAGUACUGCACAAGUUGCGAGUACAGCACAACUUGCGAGGACAGCACAGCUUGAAAGGACAGCACAGCUUGAGAGGACAGCACAGCUUGCGAGGACAGCACAGGUUGCAAGGACAGCACAGCUUGCGAGGACAACAAACUUUUUGAUUAACCUAGUGGAUGCCAUUACUCUACUCAACUUGAGAGGGCAGCUCAACUUGAGAGGGCAGCUCAACUUCAGUGUACAGCCCAACUUGAGAGGAAAUCUCAACCUGAGAGGACACCUCAACCUGAGAGGACAGCUCAACUUGAGAGGACAGUCCAUCUGUAUAGGACAGCUCAACUGUAGAGGACAGCUCAACUUGAGAGGACAGCUCAACUUGAGAGGACAGCACAACUUGCGAAGGCAGCACAACUUGCGAGGACAGCAAAGCUUGCGAGGACAGCAAAGCUUCACACCUUGCGAGGACAGCAUAGCUUGCGAGGACAGCACAGCUUGCGAGGAGAGCACAGCUUGUGAGAACAGCUCAGCUUGCGAGGUCAGCACAGCUUGCGAGGACAGCACAGCUUGUGAGGACAGCACAGCUUGCGAGGGCGGCACAGCUUGCGAGGACGGCACAGCUUACAAAGACGGCACAGCUUGCGAGGACAGCACAGCUUGCGAGGACAGCACAGCUUGCGAGGACAACACAGGUUGUGGGGACAGCACAGCUUGCGUGGACAGCACAGGUUGCGAGGACAGCACGGCUUGCAAGGACAGCACGGCUUGCGAGGACAGCACAGCUUGCGAGGACAGCACAGCUUGCGAGGACAGCACAGCUUGCGAGCUCAGCACAGCUUGCGAGGACAGCACAGCUUGCGAGGACAGCACAGCUUGCGAGGACAGCACAGCUUGCGAGGACAGCACAGCUUGCGAGGACAGGACAACUUGCGAGGACAGCACAGCUUGCGAGGACAGCACAGCUUGCGAGGACAGCACAGCUUGCGAGGUCAGCACACCUUGCGAGGGCAGCACACCUUGCCAGGACAGCACAGCUUGCGAGGACAGCACAGCUUGCGAGGAGAGCACAGCUUGCGAGGACAGCUCAGCUUGCGAGGUCAGCACAGCAUGCGAGGACAGCACAGCUUGCGAGGACAGCACAGCUUGCGAGGACGGCACAGCUUGCGAGGACGGCACAGCUUACAAAGACGGCACAGCUUGCGAGGACAGCACAGCUUGCGAGGACAGCACAGCUUGCGAGGACAACACAGGUUGCGGGGACAGCACAGCUUGCGUGGACAGCACAGGUUGCGAGGACAGCAUUACUUGA